GCGAGGCGCUGUGUGAUGACGAAAAGAUGUGCCUCUCGACUUCAGACCUGUCAGGGACAGAACGGGCCGCUCAGUUUCUUGAUGAGUGAAGGUUGCACGCUGAGGGCGUCCGGAGCCGUUUCCCCGCCGGCUGGUGAAAUAAGAUACGUGGAGCGAAGUUAUGCAUCAAAACCCACUUUGAAUGAAGUGGUCAUUGUAAGUGCCACGAGAACACCCAUUGGAUCCUUUCUGGGCAGCCUUUCCGCUUUGCCAGCCACUAAACUCGGUUCCAUUGCAAUUCAGGGAGCCAUUGAAAAGGCAGGGAUUCCCAAAGAAGAAGUGAAAGAAGCGUACAUGGGCAACGUCCUACAAGGAGGUGAAGGACAGGCCCCUGCAAGGCAGGCGGCGCUGGGGGCAGGCUUAGCUAUUUCUACCCCAUGCACCACGGUAAACAAGGUUUGUGCCUCAGGACUGAAAGCCAUCAUGAUGGCCUCUCAGAAUCUUAUGUGUGGACACCAGGAUGUGAUGGUGGCAGGUGGAAUGGAGAGCAUGUCCAACGUUCCGUACGUAAUGAACAGAGGAGCAACACCAUAUGGUGGCAUAAAGCUCGAAGAUUUGAUUGUGAAAGAUGGGCUAACUGAUGUCUACAAUAAAAUUCAUAUGGGCAACUGUGCUGAAAAUACUGCAAAGAAACUGAAUAUUACACGAGAUGAACAGGAUGCUUAUGCUAUUAACUCCUACACCAGAAGUAGAGCAGCAUGGGAAGCUGGAAAAUUUGGAAAUGAAGUUAUUCCUGUCACAAUUACAGAAAAAGGUAAACCAGACGUAGUGGUGAAAGAAGAUGAAGAAUACAAACGUGUUGAUUUUAGCAAAGUUCCAAAGCUGAAGACGGUUUUCCAAAAAGAAAAUGGCACGGUGACGGCUGCCAACGCCAGCACGCUGAAUGAUGGAGCAGCUGCUGUGGUACUCAUGACUGCCGACGCAGCCAAGAGGCUCAGUGUUAAACCACUGGCAAGAAUAGCAGCAUUUGCGGACGCUGCUGUGGAACCUAUCGAUUUUCCAGUUGCACCUGCGUAUGCUGUGCCUAAGGUUCUGAAAGAUGCAGGAUUGAAAAAAGAAGAUAUUACAAUGUGGGAAGUAAAUGAAGCCUUUAGCCUGGUCGUUCUAGCAAACAUUAAAAUGCUAGAGAUCGAUCCCCAAAAAGUGAAUGUCGACGGAGGAGCUGUUUCUCUUGGACAUCCAAUUGGGAUGUCUGGGGCCAGGAUCAUCGUUCAUUUGGCUCAUGCGCUGAAGCAAGGAGAAUAUGGUCUUGCCAGUAUUUGCAAUGGAGGCGGUGGCGCCUCUGCCAUGCUGGUCCAGAAGCUGUAGGUGCUUCCGUCGUCUCAGGCAGUGGCCCUGUGUGGCCAGACAGGCCUGCUGUCCUCAGGGUGACUGAGGACCCUGGGUCAGCUCAUGUCGAUCUGUUUCACUUUUCAUUUUCUCUCUUAACUUAAAAAAAAAGAAAGAUAAAAAGAUCAAAUCCCAUA